AGCCUGGCGGGUCAGACGCCGCUGGCGGACGCGCGGUUCGGCCGCUCCAGCCAUGCCCGGCGGGGCCCACGCGGCUGCCCCGCGCUCGACGCGGCCGGGGUAGGCGACAUCACCGGCCAUGCCGCUGGAGGCGCAGGACGCGCUGUACGUGGCGCUGGAGCUGGCCAUCGCAGCGCUUUCGGUGGCGGGCAAUGUGCUGGUGUGCGCUGCGGUGGGCACGUCGAGCGCACUGCAGACGCCCACCAACUACUUUCUGGUGUCCCUCGCGGCGGCCGACGUGGCCGUGGGGCUGUUUGCCAUUCCCUUCGCCAUCACCAUCAGCCUGGGCUUCUGCACUGACUUCCACAGUUGCCUCUUCCUUGCCUGCUUCGUGCUCGUGCUCACGCAGAGCUCCAUCUUCAGCCUCUUGGCGGUGGCGGUCGACAGGUACUUGGCCAUCCGCGUCCCGCUCAGGUAUAAGAGUUUGGUCACUGGGACCCGAGCAAGAGGAGUCAUUGCUGUCCUCUGGGUCCUUGCCUUUGUCAUUGGACUGACCCCGUUCCUGGGGUGGAACAGUAAAGACAGUGCCACCAACUGCACAGAGUCCUGGGACGGAAUCACGAAUAAAAGCUGCUGCCUUGUGAAGUGUCUUUUCGAGAAUGUAGUCCCUAUGAGCUACAUGGUAUAUUUCAAUUUCUUUGGGUGUGUCCUGCCCCCACUGCUCAUAAUGCUAGUGAUCUACAUCAAGAUCUUCAUGGUGGCCUGCAGGCAGCUUCAGCGCACUGAGCUGAUGGACCACUCAAGGACCAUACUCCAGCGGGAGAUCCACGCGGCUAAGUCCCUAGCCAUGAUCGUUGGGAUUUUUGCUCUGUGCUGGCUACCAGUACAUGCUAUCAACUGUGUCACUCUUUUUCAGCCAGCUCAGGCUAAAGAUAAGCCCAAGUGGGCAAUGAACAUGGCCAUUCUCCUGUCACAUGCCAAUUCAGUUGUCAAUCCCAUUGUCUAUGCCUACCGGAACCGAGAUUUCCGCUAUACUUUUCACAAAAUCAUCUCCAGGUAUGUUCUCUGCCAGACAGAUGUCCUCAAGAGUGGGAAUGGGCAGACGGGGGUGGAGCCUGCCCUCGAUGUGGGCCUGUGACCUAGCCUCUGUCCCCUUAGAGGAGAAGGCACAAAUUCAUAAUAAACAAAGGGACAGGACAUGACUGGCUGAUUCUCAUUGUAAAAGACAGCUACACCUCACAAGCAUAUGGGUUGCCUCUUUUGAGCACUUUCUUGGAGUUACGACAUGUCUAGCUACUAUGUACAUGUUAUUAGUAGGUUCCAAGGGUUGACAAAUAUAUAUGGUUCUGUCUGGCUGCUCUUACGGCGUGGAUGAUGCUGAUAGCUUGAACAGAUUGUAAAAGAAUGUUUUGUUUUUUUAAAGUCUGCCUCUUUCAUGGUAGAAAAUGACUGAAACUAUUUUACUGUGAAACACUGUGAACUAUUAUAAUACAAAUAUUUUUUAAACUGAGAGGCACUGUAAAAAUAAAAGUUG